CCCAACUCACCCACCACCCAUCUUACAAAAACAAAAAUCCUUCCCAAAAGGGUCGCAUCGCGACGCCUAGUCGAUCCUUUCGCGGCAUCAUCGUGCGUGUGUGUGUGUUUGUGUGUGAGGAGGACUUUCGGGGUGGGUCGCGUUCUGCCGUCAGUCGUGUUCGGCAACAAAACUGCACAGCAAGGACAUGAUACCGCUACGAAGGAACGGAUACUAUUUUUAGCUCCGGCCUCUGUCCUUCACUUGGCGCUUUGCUGCUGCUGGGUGCUGCACCUGGCCCACUUCCGGAAGUGGGAUAUUUUGCGAUAUUGAUUUUGCUGGUGGUGGCGCCGCGCGGAUUCGCGAAACGUUGUGCUGUGCUGGACUAGUUUAGAACAAAUUUUCUAAUUAGCGUGAAAGGAAAGAAGUCCAUUAAAAUGAUUAACCUGCGGCAGGUUGCGUUGGUGGUGGCUUUGCUGGUGUUCCUGAUACAUCAAAUUUGCGCUUCCGGCGGGGACCAGAGUCAAUUCUUUCAGAAUUGCCUGAAGAGCUGCGUGAUAGGCAACUGUAGCAAGUCUGGAUUGACGUUCAGGCUGGCCGGCACCCAGAAUCCGAUCAAUAAGUUGCUCCUGUGGACCUGCUACGAUGAGUGCGGCUACGAUUGUAUGUGGCGAACGACGGGCGCGUUUCUCAAGCGAAACUGGACGACGCCGCAAUUCUACGGCAAAUGGCCGUUUGUGAGGCUGGCCGGGCUGCAGGAACCUGCCUCGGUGCUGUUCUCGAUGGCCAACUUUGGCACGCACUAUCACAUGUUGAAGCGGUUCCGGAGGGAAGUGCGGCCGGACAGUCCGAUGUACACGCUGUGGCAGGUCUUUUCGUACAUUUGCUUGAACGCGUGGAUCUGGUCGACGGUGUUCCACGCGAGGGACUUUCCCAUCACGGAACUGUUCGAUUACACUUUUGCUUAUUCGAUGGUACUGGCUUCGUUGUACUGCAUGGUAAUGCGGAUGAUCCACCGGCAGUCCAAGUACUUGAAGGGACUGUUCAGCCUGGCUUGCAUCGUUUUCUUCGUGAAUCACUUUUCGUACUUGAGCGUGGGCCGGUUUGACUAUGCGUACAACAUGAAGGCCAACAUCGUGACUGGAAUGACCGGGGCCGCCGGCUGGAUCUUCUGGUGUUUGCUGCAACGUCGAAAGCGUCGUUACGUCUGGAAGUGCUUCCUGUUUGUCGUCCUGGCGACGUCCUCGCUGCUGCUCGAAAUCAACGAUUUCCCACCGAUUCUUUGGACGUUCGACGCCCACUCCAUCUGGCAUCUGGUCACUGCCCCGCUGACCGUUCUGUUUUACAGCUUCAUCAUCGACGACUGCCGCAGUCUGCGACAGGAACUGUACGGUGACGGUCCAGAGGACAUGCGCAAGCUGCUGUGAGGAUUGCGACCGGCCGCCAAGAUGGAGUUUUAGUCGUCGGAUUUCCUGUUGAAAUUAAAAAGACUUGAUACGUGUGGUAGUAGUGUACUAUUAAAAAAUCCUUUCGUUUGCACCACCCUAAGGGAGAGACCACGCGGCCACGUUUAGUUAUAGUGACAAUAAAACAUACAAAAACACACAAAAACUCCGCUGCAACGGAGAUGGUAACGGCAAUCGAGUGGGGGUGGACUCUCCCUGGGUCGGGGCGAAGGUUUUUCACUGUUUUAUCUUUGAUAAUCGUCGGUGUUUGGGCAGUCAGUGGCGUGAACUAAUACGUUGAGAGGUCACAGAACUAUUUAAAUGUCGUGUAACUUCCUUACAAUGUUUUAGAGAGGGAAAAAGUCAAUUUUAAAUAUUCGAUAUAUAUCUACCUGUGUGUAACUGUAGUAGUAUUUGUAAUUAUUGAUGUUACUUCUAGAUAGGCUAUAGUAGGAUAGGCAACGUCGUUUUGAAUGUUGUAAAAUAGAAUGUAAGCAAAGUCAUAUAUAUUAACUCAUGGCUAGUCUUUACCACUUUCUUCGGUGAAAUAUACUAAAAGAAGAACAAAA